UUUUCCGAAGCAAUAAAACCUUGGUUAAACCUUGAUCUGCGAUGCUUCUUCCAUCGUCUUCACGCUCGCCAUUUCUCUGCAAAUAAGAGGUUUAUGAGACACUCGCAACAGUUUCGAAGGAUUUCGAAUCGAAUCAAUUAGAUUUCAAUCGCCGAUUUUAACUGUUUGUGAUUGCACAUUUUGCGAAGAUGCCUCGCCCCAAGAGAAAAUCGGCCCCACCAACCAGAUCUUCUGAUGCUGAUUCUUCUGUUCGUCCUGAACCAAAGAAGCCAAGGGGAAACCAAUUUAAUCGGAUUGAUCAACUCUUUGAAUCAUACGUGAAUAAGACGCUGGGAUUGAUCGAUCCAGAAGGAAUUGAAGCACUUUGUAAUGAUGUGAAUGUGAACCAUACAGAUGUUAGAAUGCUGAUAUUUGCUUGGAAAAUGAAAGCUGAAAAACAAGGUUAUUUUUCCAAGGAUGAGUGGCGAAGAGGCCUCAAGUGUUUAGGAGCCGACACACGCCCAAAAUUAAAAAAAGCAAUUGAAGGACUGGAUAAAGAGUUGAAGGUGCCAGAGUGCUUCGAGGACUUCUAUUCCUACGCAUUUCAAUACUGUUUAACAGAAGAGAAGCAAAGGAGUGUAGAUAUUGAGACCAUCUGUGAGCUAUUGAACAUUGUUCUGAAAUCCGAAUUCCCCAAUCAGGUCAAUUUACUAGUUGAGUAUCUAAAGGUCCAGAAUGACUACAGAGCUCUCAACAUGGAUCAAUGGAGAAGCUUUUACCGGUUUUUUAAAGAGGUAGACUUCCAUGACCUUGAAAAUUAUGACUCAAGUCAAGCUUGGACAGUUAUCAUCGACAAUUUUGUUGAAUGGUUGAAAGAAAAAGAGAAAAAUUAGUUUCACUCCUUUAAUCUGCCAACUCGAGACCAGAAUACUUUGAAGCGGAAUGCAACUGUAUAUGGCUCUUGUGAGUUAUCCAUCUGCAGUUUUUCUGCAGUAAGUUGUCACGAUUGCUCCC